CAGAGGAGGAGGGAGAGAGCGUCAAGUUGAGAGACACAAAGAGGGAGAAAUAUGAAGAAAGCGGUGUGAUCAGGAUGAAGUCCUAAAAGUGGAGUUUAUUCCCCUACAAGAACUACAAGACGUACUUUUGAAAUAACCCAAAACUGUUACGCUCCAGCGUCAGAGGAACCUGGUAAAAGUCCGACGUCGCACUUUUGUUGCGCCUGGCGCGCAUCGGUGGCACCGCGCGUAGAAAUCCUGGAUGAGCAAGUGCAUGUCUCAGCACCUGAGGAGAGGUGCAGCAGCACUUUGUCAGCAUCUGCGGGCCUCCGGGCCAAAAACUUUGCUACAGCACAGCGUCUGAUGUCGACACCUCCAGACUGACAAUCACCUGCUGCAAGUCCGGUACAAAUCUAAAGAUCCACUAACGGAGAGAUCCGCGACUGACUGUGUGCUCAAUAUGUUCCAGGGGCAUUUACAGGGGAAAGACUCUAGGGCUGCAGAUAAGACUGUUGCCAUGGUCCUGAAGGAGAUACCAAGUAAGGCGUCAUCAGAAGGGAAGCCCCUCCUCACAGUGACUACCAAGCUGGUGAGUGAGCAACAAGAGAGCCGCCCACUUCUAAGCCCUUCCAUUGAUGAUUUCCUCUGCGAGACUAAGUGUGAUGGGGUUUCCCGCCCAGUGACUUCCAACACAGCUGUUCUGUCUUCAACACUGGACUUACUGGAUCUCAGUGAACCGGGCGAGAGGAGGAACAGCAAGGACAGGAGUCGUCCCCUGUUGUCACGAGGUAACAGCCAGAAGAGCAACUCACACAGGAAGAAAACUGAUGAAACAGAGCUAAUCCAGGUGGAAGUUGAAAAGACGGGAUCAAAUAUGAGAACCCCAGAAAGGGCAUCACUAGACACAGCUAACAUUGGUUCACCGCUGGAUAAAUGGGAAGAGCUGAACCCAAAUCCUGAGAGAAAUGGCAACAGAAAAUGGAAGUUGGAGAGACGACGUUCAUCUAAAAAUUCAUCCAAUGAGUUUCUGUGGUCCAUAGACUGUAAAACCCAGUUAGAGCCAUCAAAUAAGAACUGCUUGGAAGCGAACACCAAAGUCGAGCCAGAGUCUGCCCUGUCAUCUCAACUCAACAGGCAGUAUGUUAGUGGACGAUAUGCUCGUCUAACGAAGGAGCAGCGGUGGGGCAGUGCCCUCCUGUCCAGACAUCAGUCCCUGGAGGAGGAGUUUGAGCGAGCCAAGGCCGCUGUAGAGCAAUUUCCAGUGUUCCCUCGAGCAGACCACCCAACAACCAACUUUUCCAGUGGAACUGCAAAGUUGCAGCAUGUGAAUAAGGAGUCAGAUACUGAGUUCUGGGAUAAGAUGCAGGCGGAGUGGGAAGAGCUCGCUCGGCGAAACUGGCUGACGGAGAAUGAACAGGCGCAGAUUCCCUCAACUGUCUCUCCACAUGAAAAGGGUUACUACUUCCACACAGAUAAUCCUUAUAAGGACUUGCCUAAUGCAUUUGAAGAGGGACUAAAGAAGUCUCGAGAGGGAGACUUGCCAAAUGCAGUGCUCUUGCUGGAAGCAGCUGUCUUGCAGGACCCUAAUGAUUCAGAGGCUUGGCAAGUGUUGGGGACAACCCAGGCUGAAAAUGAGAAUGAGCAGGCAGCAAUUGUCUCCCUCCAGAGGUGUUUGGAGCUCCACCCAAACAACCUCCCAGCUCUCAUGGCUCUGGCAGUGAGCCUGACCAACACCGGUAUGUGCCAUGACGCGUGCGAGGCCCUGCUCGGCUGGCUGCAACACAAUUCAAAGUACAAGCACCUGCUGAAGGGCAAGACCCACUUGAUGGGAUCCCCAAACUCUCAGCGCAGGAUGUCUCAUGCUUCCAACAUGGGCAGACAUGAAAGCUCCCUGCUACCCGAGGUCAAGGAACUCUUCCUGGAAGCAGUUCAGCACAACUCUGAGAGCAUUGACCCAGAUUUACAGACAGGCCUUGGGGUGCUCUACAACCUCAGCGGAGAGUUCAGCAAAGCUGUGGAGGCCUUCAAUACAGCACUGUCAGUGCGGCCCGAGGACUACUUGUUGUGGAACCGCCUGGGGGCAACGCUGGCAAACGGGGACCGGAGUGAGGAGGCAGUGGAGGCUUACACACGAGCACUAGAGCUGCAGCCGGGGUUUAUCAGAUCCAGGUACAACCUGGGCAUCAGCUGCAUUAACCUGGGGGCACACAGAGAGGCGGCAAGUAACUUCCUGACUGCCUUAAGCCUUCAGAGGAAAAGCCGGAGUCGCCAGCAGUCCCACCAGGUGAUGUCUGGAAACAUCUGGGCUGCUCUCAGGAUAGCUUUAUCCAUGAUGGACCAGCCCGAACUCUUCCAGGCUGCAAAUAUUGGUGACCUGGAUCUUCUCAUGAGGGCCUUCAACUUAGACAUUUAAGGAAUGGGAGGCAGUGUUGACAGCAUUGCCCCCUGUCACUUACUCUCAGAUUUCUACCCAACAGCCAAAAGCCCAAAGUGCACACAUCAGACUGGAUUGGAUCUGAUGUUAGUAUGGUUUUUUUGCACAACAGAAUUAACUACACUUGUCAAAGUUAUUAUAUUUUUGCCCAAGUACCUUGGUGCAGUUUUGAGGAGAGGUUCUUCCAAGUGUUUGAAGCGACUGCUUUUGUGAUGGAUUUGCACUGUAAUUUGUGAUUUCCCUGAAGAGCACAAGGACAGGCAAAGAUUGUACGAGCAAUGCCUUAGAGAACACAUCAAUUAAAAACUGACUCAUCCAGUGGAACAGAGCUGGGCCAGGAAAGAUGGGCAGACAGGCAGCUUGAGACGCUCACAGAAGAACAUGCGCACACUGUUUGAAGGUCUGAGGAAGAAAAGGUUUCAUUGUCCAAUUACUUUCAAAGACUCAAGACUAUCUCAGCCUGCUGAAGGAUGGAUUUAGCGAGCAAAUGAAAGACUGCACCAUAUCACCUGGAACUCCAAAUUACGUUCCUGGCUUGUUUUCAUCCUUGUUCAGUGGAGAGUAAUGAUACUGCAUGAAUAAGCAUUUUCAUAAAUGGAUUCUUAACAUACUUUUAGAAUUUUCCCCUUUGCACCUCAGACAAACAUAACUUCCUCAACCCCCAUGGAACAUGCAAGCCGGGUUGUAAAGCCUUACUCAAAUGCAUGCGAACAACAAUAUUUAUUUAUACUGUUUUUAUGGUAACACAAAAGCACUAAGCCAUUUUCUGACUGGUUUCAGUUUAUUUAAAAACUGCCAUCUCCUGAACUUGAAAGCUUUCUGAGCCAUUAUUUUUAUUUUGUUGGCUCCUAGCUUCUCUUUGUUCCCUUUAUGCUGAAUGGUUAGAGGCCUCCACACAGGGUGGAAAACACUGAUGUGUAGGAUCUUUAUUAGUGUGGCAACUCUCUAACCUUCUGAUAUGUUACAGGUCUAAAAAUAUCUCUUUCAUCUGCUGAGAUGACUAUAGAAUAUUUGAUGCAUGUGUCAUUUCGUAAAUUUCCCAACUGUAUUGAUCUUUAAUACAGUAUAAUGACAUUACAGGUAAAAGAUGUGGAGCUGCAAGGCAAGACUCGUGGAGCAUGUCCUAUUGCAACCAUUUGUAUUUUUGCUGUGGCUCCACAGGCAGCAAAGCUCAUGCAUUUAAUUAAAUCAAUUUGCCUUGGCCAUCAUGCAUGAUUUAAAUAUCAAUCUAAGGUGGGGCAGAAUGCUGCACACAAAGUUCCAUUUGUAUCAUGAUAACUCCAAACAUGAGCUCAUCAUGCAGCUACAGGACUGUACGAAGUGCAGCAAUUUUCUCGUUUCAGAUACUGUAAAUCCUCUGCACCACCUUUUUCUUAAAAAUAUACUUUUUAGCUGACAGCUUCAUUUGCAUCACUGUCCCUAGCUUGAAAGUUACUCUGUGAAGUAAACGUCACGUUCCACGCCGUGCAACAGAGUGAAUGAUAGAUCAUCUGCUGUACUGUAUAGCUCAGCCUGGUGUUAAACAGGCCUGGCCACAGUAUGAGUGUGUUGUAGAAAGUGGUCUUAAUCUCAGAUCCUAUGCAAAAGGUCAUGUUUUUUUGUUACCAUGCUGAAUUACCAGUUUGUCCCUGUCUGCCUCACUGGACCAAAAAAGAAGUGGUGGUCCUGUGCUUUCAGCGAAUGCUAUCAGGGGGAAGCAGGGAUCAGUAUGAGAGCCAUUCAUUUCCCAAACUGGACAGCUUUGAUGUCACAGUCUGUAUGAGAAGAUAUGUUUCAUUAGGAAAGUGCAAGAAAACAAAAACUCUUUUUCAGAAGAGAAACGUGGUCAGUGAUUCUGAAAAAUACACAGUUACACACACACACGCACACAAACAUGCCAUCUCCCUAAAGUGUAGCCUCUGUAUUUUAUAAUCUCCUGGAAUAGCAGUAGGUCUUUGGCCUCAGCACACACUGAAUUCACUGCCGUAGCCUACGUCGGCUUUGCUAACAGAUAUAUGUUUUAUUAUACUGGUUCACUGUAUCUGCAUACGUUCUCCUUGAAACUCACUUUGGAUGCAUUCUGAGAAGAACUCUCUUCUUUUUAAGUUUGCAAUUAAAACACACUACUGUUGACGAACUAAGAUUUCAUAAGUAAGACAGUUUUCAGGCUGAAACAGAUGAGCAGCUGCUGCAGUCCGACACCAUACUUUAAAGGUGUUGGCACAAAGUCUCUGUGGCCAACUUUAAUGUUUAAUAGAUCAAGGAGCAGAGGAGGCCAGUGAGAUGUGCAUGCCUCUAACAGGCUGAUUCAGAGGGGGGCUCACAAUGGACUGCACAAUGGCAAAGGCAGUGAGGCCAAAGCAAAGGUGAAUGGACAAAUUUAUUUGCUUUCUGAAACACUGGAUGAUAAAAGCAGAGGCUCACAUUGUAGCUUCUUAUUGCAAUAAAAUGGGCCAGUAGUCUAUCAGUUCUUUUCAGAACUGAUAGUAGCAAUGCUCUAUAGAUGGCAAUGUCAUUUUUUUUCAGUCCAUCUACCAGGCUGAAAUGGCUCAGUAACGAAUGAAUGGACAGCCAUUAAAUUUGGUACAUUCAUGUUCCCACAGGAUGAAUCCUAGUGGGUGAAAUGUCUCAACAGUUACUGGAUGGAUUUGUGUGAAAUUUGGUAGAGGCACCCAGCUGUAUUUUUCUUAUGAGGUUGUAGGCCUUCAUUUUUGUUUGCAUUUCAACAUUCUGUAGUUGUGUUAAAGAUGAAAACUUAUUUUUUUAAAGAAACUUUAAAUCUCUGGCUUAAAAUCUAAACUUGUACUGUGUGCAUCUUACUGCAGUGCACUGAGAUAGGAUGCCUGGUGACAGUCUUUUUGUAGAACCUAGUACCUUCUCAGGUGAUCUCCCCUAGCUUAACGCAUGCUCCUGAGGGACAGAUUGAGGUUGACCGCAUGUUCGAUAUCCUACAUUUUUUUUAAAAGCUAUUUUCAUUUGUCCUGAUGCAUGAAAUACAUGAAACUGCUUUCUUAUACUCCCAUUAAUAUUUAAACAUUAAAUAUAACAUGAAGUUUCCUUGCAAUAUUUCUACAAUGCACUUUUAAAAUCUGAAACCUUGACAAAAACGUAUAUAUUCAGAUUAUAUUCUUGCAUAGAACGAGUGAGUGUGCAAGGCUCGAGCAGAGAAAUGAGUGCAAGGCAGAACACACCUUAUCUUGUCCAAACAUACUUGAGCUCGGAUACUGGUACACUGCUACAAAUGACUUGUUAGGAUCGCUCUGGUAGGGAGGUGAGCGAGUACAAAAUGACGGACCCAGGUAACUGACUUCGGUGCAAGAAGUGCUCAA